AUGGCCAACUAUUCACCAUACACCGGAUCCACUCCCGGCGAGGAGUACUACUACGCCCGGGAGCGAUUCCAAUCCGCAACACCAACACCCUCCCCCAGGGGAAACUCUUACUACGCAUCAGGCGGCUCGGCCACACCUCAGCGUCCGGCGACACGCGCGCACUUCCGCAAUGCCAGCACAGGCUACAAUGACUACAGUCCUCGUCCCCCGACGGCAUCGCCUCGGUACACGAGCGAUGGCUACUAUGCCACAGCCAAUGUGAGUAGUGGUCAUCAUUCGCGCAAGGCGUCGUGGGCUACACCCACGCGCCCCAAGAACGAGCGCCGCAGCUCUUACAUUCAUGUCCGGUCAUCCACUCCCCAUGGAGAAUCCGACGAGGACGAGAUCAUCGAGAUCGACGGCCGUACAUAUGUCAUUUCGGCCAAGCAUCAGCAGGCAGAGGGGAGGAGGCUUUUCAAGGAUUCUUACUUUGAUGCGGCUCGAGGACACCCCACUGAUUCCCACUACUACAUGCAGGCGAGGAUACUCGUUCCAUGA